GGGGAGCAGACGGUCACAGAGUGGGGUUGCUGGACGAUAAGGUACUUCAAGUUUCACUGUUCUCGGGAACUCCAUACUGCUUCCAUACAGGAGAUCACUAUUGAACAAUGAGAAGGAAGGCUCGCUUGAGGAAGCAGACAAUAGACUAAACAUAGAGAAUGUUGGGUAGUCUGAGAGAUUUGAGCAUGUGGCUUGUCAAAAGAAACCUAGACUGGAGGGUGCAAACCCAUCCGUACUGUGGAAGGUGGCUCAUGCACUUGUGUGUUCCCACACUGGACCCUAAGGCCACUACCUCCUGUGUCUCAGCUCCCUAGUCAGCCAGGCUGACCUACUGGGCUAACCUUAUGCCUUCCCAAACACAGCCUCAGCAUUGGCUGUUAUGAGUCAUAUUCCUGAGCUCUCCUUUCUUUUUCCAUGAACCAGGAAAGAACAUGAAGGGUGCCUAGUAUCUUCCAGUACAGGAUGAAGGCUUCCAAGAAAAGUUCUUUCCCUCUCUGCUCUCCCACACCAAGGGCAACAGCUUGUCAAGGGUGAGGGAAGGUGAACACAUUGGGGUAGAGGCUUAAUAGAUGAAAAACUCAAAUCGAUAGAAAUCAUAACUUCCUGCUCAGCCCUCUGUAAAUAUUCACUGUGUUCCUGGAACAAAAUCUUUCCAAGAUCUACGUGUGGUCGUUCUACCUGCAUAAAUAGGAAGUCAGCAUUCAUUCUUGCUGAGGCUCUGCUGGAGGUGCCUGCCUGUAAGGAGUCCUGCUUGCCACAAUGAAAGCUCUGCUGGGCAGCCUCCUGUUCCUUGCUACCUUGGUGACAGCAUGCAAUGCGGCCUGCACUCUUCAACAACGCGAAGGUCUUCCAGACCAACCGCCUGAUGGAUGCCUGGAUUCUGCUGGUAUCAAACACCCCAUAGGCGAUGAAUGGAUAGUCGACUGUAAGAAGUGUUCCUGUGAAAAAGCGGGAAUUAAUUGCUGCCCCCAAAUCCCUAUACCCAUGGGCUAUGACCAAGAGAAGUGUAAGAAAAUAUUCCAUCAAGAUAAGUGCAGAUAUACUGUGGUGGAAAAGAACAACGAAGGAAUCGUCUGUCAAGUUAAUAAUUGGAUAUUGUAAAUGUGCUUCUAGUGGGUCCCAAGUUGAGCAACAUUUUAAUAUUUGUAUGAUUUGUAUGAUUUGUAGCCUGGGUGGUGGUGGCCUAUAAU